AUGGCGGACCUACCAACAAACGAAGAGAUACUACGAGAUUAUUUCGAUUCAGAUGAUGAUUUAGACGAGUUUGAGGGUUUCUCAGAUGCUGAAUCAGACAUAUAUAUUCCCGAGGAAUCUAGUAGUGAAGAAGAAAGUGAAAGUUCCAGUGAAUCAGAGCCAGAAAAUGAUGAUGAAUGGACAGAGAACCUUCGUGGCGUGCGUGUUGAUCCGUUCGCGGAGGGCACUGGACCCGUAUUCCCGGCCGAUUUUGACGUGAAUACAGCAACAGCAAAGGAUUACUUUGAUCUUAUGUUUAGUCCAGACAUUAUUUCAGACUUUGUUCGUCACACAAAUAAUUAUGCGAGGUGGAAAAUGGCCCAGAAGGGCGAAGAAGACAGUGUAUGGUACGAAAUCUCAGAAGCUGAAAUGAAGGCUUACAUAGGACUGAAUAUUAUGAUGGGCAUCAAUCAACUCCCUUCAUAUAAGGAUUAUUGGUCCAAAGAUGUGUACCUUGGCAAUGAAGGCGCAAAAUCUGUCAUGACAGUGAGGAGGUAUGAAAAAAUUACGGAAUAUUUUCAUGUUAGUGACCGUACAAAUGAGCCAGCAAGGGGAUCCAGAAAUUAUGACAAGCUAUAUAAGGUCAGAGAAGUUAUACCAAUGACAAAGAGAAAAUUCAAUGAAACCUAUAAGCCUAACAAAAACAUGGCCAUUGAUGAAGCUAUGAUCAAGUGGACAGGAAGACUAUCAUACAAGCAGUACCUACCUGCUAAACCCAUCAAGAGAGGUAUCAAAGUUUGGAUGCGAUGCGAUUCAGAGAAUGCAUUCCUGACAGACUUCGAUAUUUAUUUAGGGAAAGGAGAAGCUACAUCAGAAAAUGGUCUUGGGUAUGACGUUGUGACAAAAUUGUCUAGGGACAUCACUGGAAGGAACUUUCACUUAUAUUUUGACAAUUACUUUACAAGUGUCAAACUUAUGGAGGACUUACUUGCUGAGAAGAUUUACGCUUGCGGCACAGUACGUAUGAAUAGAAGAGGGUUUCCUGACGAUUUAAAAGGCAGGCUUCGAUUACAAAGAGGACAGUCACAAACCAGACAGAGAGGAAACUUAACUGCAUCUGUCUGGCAGGACAAAAAGCCAGUGGCCUUCCUCAGCACUUUAAGUGACCCUCGUGUAUAAGUCCCUGUCACCAGGCAGCAUGGAAGACAGGAACUACAAAUGACGCAACCCCAUGCUGCCAAUGAGUACAAUAAGUACAUGAAUGGCGUAGACAGACAUGACCAGCUAAGACUAAAAUAUCCUUUGGGAAGGGACAGUA